UCCCGGGCAAAGUUUGGCGGAGGGAACGCCAAGCCUGAGUCCUUUCUUCCUCUCGCUCCCCGAACCCGAGGGCAGCCCGCGGGCGUCAUGCCCGCGCUCCUCCGCAGCCUGGGGCGCGCGUGACGCCUCGGAGCCUUGGCGCCGGCGAGGACCCCAGAGCCACUGCUUCCCUGUGGGAGCUCCCCCCGGAGCUCGUCGCUGGCCCCAUCCCGACCCACGCCGGCGCGGGGACGGAACCGACCGCCCAGGAGCGUUGCCAUUCAAGAGGCUGCAGCGGAGGCCGCGGCGCAGAGGUUGCUGAGCCCACCGCAGGCUGAAGGGUUGCUGGCAGUCCAUGCUCACUGGGUGUGCAGAUGGGAUUGCCGUCCACGUGGAGAUGUGGGAGAGGACGGGGCCCCGGCACCGUGACCGUGGUCAGCUGGGGCCGCGGCAUCUGCCUGGUGGUGGUCACCAUGGCAACCUUGUCCCUGGCCCGGCCCUCCAGUUUGGUGAAGGACACCACAUUGGAGCCGGAAGAGCCACCAACCAAAUACCAAAUCUCCCAGCCAGAAGUUUACGUGGCCGCGCCCGGGGAGCCGCUCGAGUUGCGCUGCGGGUUGCGAGAUGCCGCCGUGAUCAGUUGGACUAAGGAUGGGGUGCACUUGGGGCCCAACAAUAGGACAGUGCUCAUUGGGGAGUCCUUGCAGAUACAAGGUGCCACGCCUAGAGACUCCGGCCUCUAUGCUUGUACUGCCGCUAGGACUGUAGACAGUGAGACCGUGUACUUCGUGGUCAAUGUCACAGAUGCCAUCGCGUCCGGAGACGAUGAGGACGAUGCCGACGGCCCUGAGGACUUCGUCGGCGAGAACAGUAACAACAGAGCCCCGUACUGGACCAGCACGGAGAAGAUGGAGAAGCGGCUUCACGCGGUGCCCGCGGCCAACACGGUCAAGUUCCGCUGUCCGGCGGGCGGAAACCCCACUCCCACCAUGAGGUGGCUGAAGAACGGCAAGGAGUUCAGGCAGGAGCAUCGUAUCGGGGGCUAUAAGGUUCGCACCCAGCACUGGAGCCUGAUCAUGGAGAGCGUGGUGCCGUCCGACAAGGGGAACUACACCUGCGUGGUGGAGAACGCGCACGGGUCCAUCAACCACACCUACCACCUGGACGUUGUGGAGCGAUCGCCACACCGGCCCAUCCUCCAAGCGGGGCUGCCCGCGAACGCCUCCACCGUGGUCGGAGGGGACGUGGAGUUUGUCUGCAAGGUGUACAGCGACGCCCAGCCCCACAUCCAGUGGAUCAAGCACGUGGAGAAGAACGGCAGCAAGUACGGGCCGGACGGGCUGCCCUACCUCAAGGUCCUGAAGCACUCGGGGAUAAAUAGUUCCAAUGCGGAAGUGCUGGCUUUGCUCAAUGUGACCGAGGCGGACGCUGGGGAGUAUGUGUGUAAGGUCUCCAAUUAUAUAGGGCAGGCCAACCAGUCCGCUUGGCUCACUGUCCUGCCCAAAGAGCAAGCGCCCGUCCGGGAGAAGGAGUUCUCCGCGUCCCCAGACUACCUGGAGAUAGCCAUCUACUGCAUAGGCGUCUUCUUGAUCGCCUGCAUGGUGGUGACGGUCAUCGUGUGCCGAAUGAAGACCACCACCAAGAAGCCCGACCUCAGCAGCCAGCCGGCUGUGCACAAGCUCACCAAGCGCAUCCCCUUGCGGAGACAGGUAACAGUCUCCGCCGAGUCCAGCUCCUCCAUGAACUCCAGCACCCCGCUGGUGCGGAUAACCACUCGCCUCUCCUCCACGGCAGACACCCCCAUGCUGGCCGGGGUCUCCGAGUACGAACUGCCCGAAGACCCCAAGUGGGAGUUCCCGAGAGAUAAGCUGACGCUGGGCAAACCCCUCGGGGAAGGCUGCUUUGGGCAAGUGGUCAUGGCCGAAGCGGUGGGAAUCGACAAGGAGAAGCCCAGGGAGGCCGUCACUGUGGCUGUGAAGAUGUUGAAAGACGAUGCCACGGAGAAGGACCUUUCCGACCUGGUGUCAGAGAUGGAGAUGAUGAAGAUGAUCGGGAAACACAAAAACAUCAUCAACCUCCUUGGAGCUUGCACUCAGGACGGGCCCCUCUACGUCAUUGUCGAAUACGCCUCGAAAGGCAACCUCCGCGAGUACCUGCGAGCCCGGAGGCCGCCCGGGAUGGAGUACUCCUACGACAUCAACCGCGUCCCCGAGGAGCAGAUGACCUUCAAGGACUUGGUGUCGUGCACCUACCAGCUGGCCAGGGGCAUGGAGUACCUGGCUUCCCAAAAGUGUAUUCACCGCGAUUUAGCCGCCAGAAAUGUUCUGGUGACAGAGAACAACGUGAUGAAAAUAGCGGACUUUGGACUGGCCAGAGACAUCAACAACAUAGACUAUUACAAGAAGACCACAAAUGGGCGGCUUCCCGUCAAGUGGAUGGCGCCAGAGGCCCUUUUCGACCGAGUGUACACCCACCAGAGCGACGUCUGGUCCUUCGGGGUGCUGAUGUGGGAGAUCUUCACCCUCGGGGGCUCGCCCUACCCAGGGAUUCCUGUGGAGGAACUUUUUAAGCUGCUUAAGGAAGGACACAGGAUGGAUAAGCCGGCAAACUGCACCAACGAACUGUACAUGAUGAUGCGGGACUGUUGGCACGCCGUGCCCGCGCAGAGACCCACCUUCAAGCAGCUGGUCGAGGACCUCGAUCGGAUCCUCACUCUCACGACCAAUGAGGACUACUUGGACCUGAGCCGGCCCCUGGAACAGUACUCGCCCAGCUACACGAGGAGCUCGUGCUCGUCAGGGGACGACUCUGUGUUCUCCCCGGACCCCCUGCCCUACGAACCCUGCCUUCCUCAGUGUGCACACGCGAACGGCAGUGUCCAGACAUGAGGGGGCUCCGCAUGGGGGCUCCGGGAACCUGCCACACUGGGCGGCAAGGCCUCCGGGGCUGCCUGUAUAUAUGGGUCCACGGAGCGAGCGGUGGGCACAGGAAUCGGCACACGUGUAAAGAAUGUAUACGGCUGGAGACUUGUCAUCCUCGCCAGGAGAAGGAGGCUGUUUGUGGGCGGUGGACGGCCGCGGGCGCCGGCUGUGGACCAGCUGGGCUCGAGGCCGGGGGUGUCUGGCCUUCCUUGUGAAUUUUGUAAUAAUUGGAGAAAGUAUAUGUCAGCACACACUUAACGGAGCACAGUUGCAGUAUAGAGGUGCUGGAUGUGUGUAAAUAUAUUCAAAUUAUGUAUAGAUAUAUAUUAUAUAUUUACAAGGAAUUAUUUUUUGUAUUGAUUUUAAAUGGAUGCCCCGAUGCCUAGAAAAUUGGUUUUUGUUUUUUUGUUUUUUUAAAUAGCUAUUUGCUAAGUGCUGUCCUCACCCAGAGUUUAAUUCUCACCGAGCAGAGGUGAAAAGACACUUUGCUUUCAGGGAAAAUGGUGUAACAUUAAUUUAUUAAUGGAUUGGUAAUAGACAAAGCAAUUAAUCAGUAUAGUUGGUUUUUUUGGUAAUUUAAGUGGCGUUUCUACGUGGGCAGUGCGUUGGAUUAGAUAACCUAUUGCUCAGACUUAACUAGUUAUCGGAUCCUUUGGAAAGAGAAAUAUUUGCAGAUGUGACUGGUUGGGGGGAUGAGGCUCAGACUGUGUUUGAACCUCGCUGUCAGGUAGCCCUACGCGCCCGUGUGGGAAGGCCGGCCGCGGUGUGUCCCGUGUGAUACGCGGCUCUCCCGUGGCCCGUGUGGCCGUCGACCGGACUUCCCCAGCCCAGUGGGACCAGCGUUCUCUUAAAAAGAUGCCUUAACCCGCUCCUCGAGGGGGCCCUUAGCUGAGACCGAAGCUGAACGCACCUCUCGCGGCAGCUGGCCUCCUGCCCCCGAGUCCCGUGGUCCCGGGACCAGCCUGUGUUCUCUCCAGCGGACUUGGAUCGCGUUCACUGGCCUUGGAGAAGCCUUUUGGGAUCAUCACGGCUCGUCACAGGAAACUGAAACACUGCGUUGUUCUGCUGAUAGUCUGGGGGAGACGUCCAUCUUUUUAAGGGAUUGCUUCCGUCUCCGGGCAGGACGCCCCACAGACCGGCCCCACGCCGGGUCAGGCGGCGGAGCGUCCCUUCGGCUGCGGGCGUGUCGCUUCCCAGACACCUGCUCACGCCAUAGCUGGAUGCAGAAUACACUGAUUUUGUGUGUGUUGACAUUGGAGAAAGUAUUUAAUAAAGCCUGUUAAUUUUUAUACUGACAAUAAAA